UUUCCGAGGCGGACGGAGCUCCGGCGGAUGGGAGCUGCUGUUGCACAAUAGAAACAGGUCCUCGGCCAGCAUCACGCAGAGGGCAGCAGCCGCAGGAGGAGGUGCAGUAGAAAAAAAAUGUUCUCCCGACUACGAGUAGCUGCCACUCCCUGUGCGAUGGCAUAUCGCAGUGCACAUACGAAAGAAAAAGGCAAGCCACUGAUGUUAAACCCACGAACAAACAAGGGUAUGGCCUUUACACUACAUGAAAGACAAAUGCUUGGGCUGCAAGGACUUCUACCUCCUAAAAUAGAGACGCAAGACAUUCAAGCCUUACGCUUCCAUAAGAAUUUGGCAAAAAUGACUGACCCGUUGGAAAAGUAUAUCUACAUAAUGGGAAUCCAAGAGAGAAAUGAAAAAUUAUUCUAUAGGGUAUUACAAGAUGAUAUUGAGCGGUUAAUGCCAAUUGUAUACACACCAACAGUAGGCCUUGCCUGCUCCCAGUAUGGACACAUCUUCAGGAGACCAAAAGGAUUAUUUAUUUCUAUCUCAGACAGAGGCCAUAUAAGGUCAAUUGUGAACAACUGGCCAGAGAACGACGUUAAGGCUGUUGUCGUCACUGAUGGAGAAAGAAUAUUGGGUCUUGGAGACCUAGGUGUGUAUGGGAUGGGAAUUCCAGUAGGAAAACUGUGUUUGUAUACAGCCUGUGCAGGAAUACAUCCAGAUAAAUGCUUGCCUGUGUGCAUCGACGUUGGAACUGAUAAUACAACACUCUUAAAAGAUCCAUUUUAUAUGGGCCUAUACCAAAAAAGGGAUCGCUCACAGGUCUAUGAUGACCUAAUUGAUGAAUUUAUGGAAGCCAUUACAGACAGGUAUGGCCAGAACACACUUAUCCAAUUUGAAGACUUUGGAAACCACAAUGCUUUUCGGUUUUUAAGAAAAUACAGAGAGAAAUAUUGUACCUUCAAUGACGAUAUUCAAGGGACGGCUUCAGUGGCCUUGGCAGGACUGCUGGCUGCACAGAAAGCCACUGGUAAACCACUUGCAGAGCAGAAGGUGCUGUUCCUUGGAGCAGGAGAGGCCGCCCUGGGAAUUGCAAACCUCAUUGUUAUGGCGAUGAUGGAAAGCGGUGUUUCUGCUGAGGAAGCCUAUAGGAGAAUAUGGAUGUUUGACAAAUACGGUUUACUGGUUCAGGGCCGAGAACAAAAGGUAGAUUCCAAUCAAGAACCAUUUACGCAUCAGGCUCCAGAGCAGAUACCAAAGACGUUUGUAGAGGCAGUGAAUGUACUUCGGCCUUCAGCUAUCAUUGGAGUUGCAGGAGCUGGGCGGCUCUUCUCUCAGGAUGUGAUCAAAGCAAUGGCCUCUAUCAAUGAGCGACCCAUAAUAUUUGCACUAAGUAACCCUACAGCGAAAGCUGAAUGCACAGCAGAGGAAGCAUAUACGUUAACAGAGGGCCGUUGCUUGUUUGCCAGUGGCAGUCCCUUUGAGCUGGUGACUCUGAAAGAUGGAAGAACCUUCAAACCAGGCCAAGGAAACAAUGCUUAUAUUUUUCCAGGCGUGGCUCUCGCUGUGAUCCUCAGCAGUGUUCGACAUAUUAGUGAUAAGGUUUUCCUAGAGGCUGCUAAGGCAUUGGCAGAACAGUUGACCGAUGAAGAACUUGCACAAGGAAGACUUUAUCCUCCACUGUCUAAUAUCAGGGAAGUUUCUAUUUAUAUUGCUGUCAAGGCAAGAAGUGCAGUCAUGGUCUAUAAUCAGUGGGCAUUGAUAGUACUCAGGAAAACCUGACACGGGAAAAUGGCAUUACCUGCGCGCAGCAGGAGUCUUGCUUUGGGCAAGAGUGAUUUUUGGUUCCCAAAGGGAGGUCCUGCACAGGAAAUUCGCAGUGGCUGCUGUCAAGCCAAGGCAAGGUGCCUGUUUUGUGAAGUGCAGUCCUUUCCCUUCUUGGCACCAGCUCCCUGCUGUCUUUAAGCAGAUGCCGAGAGGGAUUGUUCAGAACUAGCCAGCAGUGGGAUUUUCCCAAGUACAAAUGUUCCUGCAUAAUUUGUCUGGAAAUCCCACUGCACAGGUGAGGAAAAACCAGUCUUUAACUGACUCGGAGGCUCCAGUUACAGUAGAGCCUUGCCCUGGUGGGGCUGCAGAUGUAUCGGAGCUCUAGAGUAGAGAAGGCCUGACUGUCUCUCUCUUAACCUGUCCCAGUUACGGCAGCUAAGCGAUACCAGUUAGACUUCAUCUGUGCAUACGCCCCCGUGGAUGUUGUUUAAUCAGGUUCUGUGGAUCAUCUAUAGCUUACAGUACAGACACGGAGGAAUUUUACCUGUAAUGUACAGCCGUUGUUUUCUGUUGGCAACAGGUAACAUGUCAGCUCACAAAGUUUUAAGUGCAUUUCACCUUUUUUGUUAUUUUUUUUUAAAAUAUAAAAUACAUAGAUUCAUCUUUGGGUUUGUAUAUUCUUCAGAUCUAAUCUUUGAAUUAAUUACAACUGCUAAUCUUGCCACUUAGUAAGGAACCACAGUAUCCUUUUUCAGAUUCUACUUAACCUGAUUUUUUCUGUUUGCUGGCUUAUUCAAUAGCAUUUACCAAUCUUUAUCUAUACAGAAAAUUCUCUUACACAGUAUGCAAAGGGAAAAAGUUGUCACCAGAACACAUUUUGUAAUGCUACAUAGCUUAAGUUAAGCUUACUCUGUUCCUUAAGAAAUAUAUCACCUAAAAGAUGACAAGUGUUCUAGCUUUGCACACAGCCCUGGUGACUUUUGCCCUCCAAAUGGUAUUUAAGUCUGUCUUCCCUGUCUCUUCUGUGAGGAUACUAUUCUGGAUGUACAGAACACUUCUGAGAGGAUCAGAAACUCCCACUGAAUCUUUUCCAGGACUGUUCCAAGACUCACUUCCUUAAAAUCAACAGGAGCAGGACUGAGACUCUUGGCAGCAAUGUAUAGAAAUGUCUAGGGGAGGAGAAGAAAGGUAGCUAGGGGAGCACAGCCUUUUUUUAUCAAGUAUGCGUGUUCUUGUUCAAAGCUGUUACAAAGGUUUGUAUGUUCCCAAAGCGUGUGCCCACUUGCCAGCAAUUGACAUUAGAGGAAGACUAUUAAAAUGUCGUGUCUGAUAGAUUUUAAAGCCCAAAUGUGACUCCUCGCGUAAGUUCUUGGUUAUGUUUGUGAACAGUGAUGUUUCAUGAUGUUGUGUUUGUUUUCCAAGCUUAAAACAGCAACACUUUAUGUGGAGAUUGGUGUUUAACAGGUUUCCUGUGGUAGGUGUGUGUCUUCUCUGUACUGUUGUUUCCAGCAUGCUGUUUUGCAGGAGGGGGCAAAGUAACCCUUUGUCACGCUCCUCUGGUAGUAACUGCAAAGAUAAAUGAUACACCUUUUAGUUUUUCAUUAGCAGCUCUAUUUGGUGACUACUCCUGUAGGAGAGUGGGGAUCACUAUUGUACAGCUACAACUGUGAAUUUUAGUUCAGCUGACUCUGGGCCUAAGUAAAUCCAAGUUGUCAUCUUUCAUUUGGGGCUUGCUCCGGGUCUUCUUGACUUCAAAGGUGCAGAUCUGAGCACUUCUGUCAUUCGGAUAAAGAUAUCUACGAGACUCUCAGAUCGGACUGUAAGAACAGUACAGUUUGGACUCCAGUUCUCUUGGCUGUAAGUGCUACUCCUGAGUUUAAGAAAACCACUGUAGUUUUUGGACUCUCUUUAAGAUGAUGCAUACUGCUAUCCUGUUUCAUAACAGCCGUACAUAAUCGGCAGGGACUGGUGUUACAUUGAACACUGGAGCAAGGAGAAAAUCUAGAGCAAAGCUCUAAUUGCACCCACUUGACAGCUGAAUUUGAGCAAUGUAAUUCAGUUGCGGCUGGUGAAGGGACAUCUAAUUCUGUAUGGAUCCACCUUGACCUACCUACCUGCUCCCGAAAUACACAUUACCAUGGUAUCGGAAAACCUGCAGACGGUCUGGGUGAUCUGCGAGGAAAAUCCAGCAUGCUUUAGACCUCGGCUUCCUGCGCUCGCUUCCCGAAUCACAGCACUCGGUGAGGAUGCAGCUUACUUGUGCCUGCUCCGGAGGGAGAUGUACUAACAGCUAGAUGGUACGUGGGGAAUCCGGUACCUGGUGGCACGGUGGACCAUGGCUGCAGCUCAUGGAAAAAGCUGUCUCGCGUCAGACGUUCGACUUGUGGUGCAGGAACCCUCUGGCAUGCGUUUAUAUUCCCCGCACACGAAGCGGGCGCUGGAUUGAACUUAAUUCUCCCAGUACCUUUGACUUUGACUUACCCAUCCUUCAAGUAGUUCCUUUCUAACAAAAAAUGGAAAUAAAAAUACUUUUAGGACUAUACAAACAUAGUAAGAUAGCCAGUUUGUCAAGAAAUAAAAUAUCUAUUUACAUUUAUUUCUAUCUUGAACAUAUCUACCUUACACAAAUAAACCUAAGUCUGCUGGAGUGUUUGUGAGCACAGUUCUAGCCUGUCAGUCAGGGGUUGACUUUACCUGGGAGGGUCGUUGCUCCGCUGA